UCAGAUCCCUUACGUGCGUUGUAGGCACUCGAUUUUGAUCGAGAAGCCCCGCAUUAAUUGCUGGUCCCGGCUGCUUUCCCAGUGAACCCUAAGGAAACUGCAAUACAUGGGUCGCCGUUGACCGCCGAGCUGCUUAAAGAUUCUUAUUUUAGUAUUUGUCUGUCAGUUUAUUCUCUUUCUUUAUAUUUUUUUUAUGGAGGGAAGUAGAAGAAGAUUCAGGGGAGCCGGUAGAGAUCGGUAUCUUUUUUGCAGAAUUGGGUGACAUUGGAUUUUUCUUUGUCCUUCUUCUUCCUUACAUGGAAGGUGAUGGAUCCGCUUUUUCCAAGCUUGUAAAAAGGCGAAAGCGUGGGGCAAGACUGCAUCUUGAAUCGUUUAUGGCAAGGCAGAUAGUAGGGCAGAGGAAAGAUUGUGGAGUAAAAUUCUUUGCAACCAAAGAUUUCAUCUUUGUCGGUGUUUUUUCUUCGUUUGGGUUGUGAUAAUUUAAGAAAAAGACCCAAAACACGACAAAGGCUGUUCUUCUCUCGACGCAAAGUGCACUAGUAAUGCAUUGGAAGUUGGGAGACCGGUGGCAGGCCAACCGGCAAGGCGAAAGAUCUGUUUACGACCUUGAAUUUUUGGAUAAAGACGACUGCUGUGGAACGAGAAGAACAACAACUUGGUUGCAGAGGGAUUCCACUACUCUUUCUUCUGAAGCAGAGUAUCAAGGGUGGGAAAGUUGGACCAUUGUUGGAAACUGUCUGGACCCAAGUAUUUGUUUUAAGUAUGUCUACUUGAUUGAAUUUUUGGACCUUUUCUGCAAGUGUUUGUUUCGGGAUGGAUUGGACCUUGAAGACACCUUUACAUUGGGACUGGGAAACCUUGACCCUGUUCAGCAAAAAGGAUGCUGAAAUUUCUAAAUCCGCACACCAGCCUGACUGGAAAUUUGCUGGUGGGCGUGGGAUUCACCAUGCGAAUGGAAAUGGGUCUGUAAAUUCGUCUGAUGCUGGUGCCUUCUCUGGUUCAGAAUUAGGUUAUGGUUCAUCUAGAAGCUCCAUCUCAGUAUCCGUUGGUUCGACAUCAAAGGACAUAAGCAGAACUCCACAGUUCAACUUUGACUCUGUGGAACAAUCUCCUGAGAACCUGAAGAAGAACAAAGAUUUAGCCAGGGUGGAAACUGGAAUUAUGCAUAGGGUAGUGGCCUCAGAUGGCCCUGAGAAACCUCUUAUUUGUCUGAAGCUUGGUAAGAGGACACACUUAAAAGAUGUUUCUGAAGGGAAUAACAAUAAGAACCCGUCUUCUUUGUCUUCUACGAAUUUAUCCACUGGUUUAAUUAAAAAACCAAAGGUGUCACAGCAGCACAUGCAGAACUCAUAUUGUCAAGUUGAAGGUUGCAAUGUUGACCUGACCUCAGCCAAAGAUUAUCAUAGGAAGCACAAAGUCUGCGAAAGCCAUUCAAAGUCUCCUGAGGUUAUUGUUUCUGGUCAGGAGCGCAGGUUCUGUCAACAGUGUAGCAGGUUUCAUGUUUUGUCCGAGUUUGAUCAAAAAAAGCGAAGCUGUCGAAGACGCUUAUCUGACCACAAUGCACGUCGACGCAAACCCCAUCCCGAGACAAUCCCAUUCACUUCUUCAAUGUUUCCUGCAUCAUAUUAUGGUGGUAGACAACAGACAAAUCUUAUUUUUGGUCAAGAUCCUUUUGGUCAAGUGAAAAACAUGGUUAGUUCCAAAUGGGAUGAUUCGGGUGGCUUCAAACUUAUUCCAACUAAAUUGUCUUGGGUAAAUUCUAGUGAACCAGGAAGUGUUGAUGCACAUUUGCAUUUACAAUACAAUGACAUAUCAAACAAAAUUUCCACCAGUGGCCAUGAUAUGGACAGGCUCUUGGCAUUUAGGGCCAUGACUGACAAGGCCCCCAACAAAGGUCUGGGAGCACCUGUUGAUGCUUCUUACUCGGAUGGAGCAUCGGAUCUUCGGCGUGCUCUCUCUCUUCUGUCAGCUGAAUCCUGGGUUCCAUCUAAUCCGGAACCUGUUUCUGAUUUCCAGUUUACAAAUGCAAGAACUCUCGCAUCUCAUUCUGCUACCUGUCCGACCAACACAACAACCGGAAUUCAGCAACAAGAUGAGCUGCCCCUGGCCAAACCGUACCCACUUAACCUGCAAAGCAACGGCAGCCAGUUCCCAGAGUUUCAACUGCACAAGACCACCUUCUGAGACCCAUUUUUUUGGCUCAACUCAUAUACACUAACAUGUCAUGUUAAUGGCCAUUUCAAGAAUAUGUUUCUUGAUUCUUGUAUUAGCUUUCUCUGAUGUGGGAAACCUCUUCCCCCCCUUGUGGUCUGUGUGACUCCAUUUUGUUUCGGUGGUACUGUUUGAUUUUUGAUCAGUCCUAUGUCCUGGAAAUCUUUAAAUGACUGCCUCCAUCCUCUUCGCUAAUGUCAUCAUCCGUUGGAGACUUGAUAGAUAGAUUUGCUUCGUUCAUGUAAUGUUCAUUGGCACAGUGAACAAAAUUUUGCACUAUCUACAUGGAUAUAUGAAUCUCAUGAGUAAUUAUAAUUUUUUUUGGAA